GAGAGCCACAGACCGGGCAGAAGCGGCGAGAGUGAGGUGCGGAACGGCUCGGACUUGUGCUUCAUGACUUGCGGCGCGAAGGUUGAGCAGAGGACGCGGCGGCGGCGGCGACGACGACGGCGGCGGCGGCGGCGGCGGCUCUGAGUCGUGGCGAGAAGGAUGUCUUAAUUGAAUCUCAGUUUAAAGAAAUCCCACUGGAAGAACCAAUUGCAAUAGUAGAUUGAAGUCGUUUCCUCAGAGUUUCAUCGUAGAUGGUGUGCUGUACCUCAAAAAAUGUGCCUUGACAAAUGAUGGACACUCCUGAGUACUUGGAUUUGGAUGCAAUAGAUUUUAAUGAUGAUAUUAAUUUUGGAAUUCCAUCAGCUAAAAAUUUUUCCGAAUUAUACAAGAAAUCCGAUCCACAAAAUGAAGACCGAAUAGGUAUUACAUUUUCUAGUUCCAACUGGCCUUGUGGUGGUACAGCACCAGUUAGCAGUGGAAUAAAAAGCAAAGGCACCGCAGAUGUGUACAGUAAAUUCAGACCUGUGAAAAGGGUUUCACCGCUCAAGCAUCAACCAGAAAACCCUGAGAGUGACACAGAUACUGAUCAAAAGGAACUGAAUGAAGAAUACAAAAAACAAGAUGACCCCGAAAAUACAAAUCAAUGCAGUCCCUUGUGCCACAGUAACGGGCAGUGCUUUAAAAUCAAAGACAAUGGCAAUAGUAUUUUGCUUGGGGAACUUGAGCAUUAUGAUUUGGAUAUGGAUGAAAUUUUGGACGUGCCUUAUAUCAAGUUGAACCACCUUCCUAGCCAAAUCGGUGGUCCCGUUACAAAGGCUGCCUCAGAAAAACGGUUUGCAGACGUGUGCUCAGGAACGAGAGGUGAUGCCAGCAGAAUCUGUUCUGCAGUAAAGCGUGAGAACUCACCAGCUAAUUUGACACAGUUUUGUGUUUUGUCACCAGUAAAUAGCUUAGAGUUGCGAAAAGUACAUGCUGUUGUCACAGAUCACCACAGGCAUGCAACUGGAAGCUUAGAGAGCUUGCAGGCGCCAGAUAAAUGUGAUCCAGCACAUGACGUUGAAAUUCAGAGUAAAGACGUGACCAGAAGAACUUCAAGUUUGUUUGUCGAUUCACACGCACAGAAGAUUGGCAGCACAAUGCCAAACUCUCGACCACGGACGUUGCCUCUGCAAAUCUCAAUGGGAAACAAACUAGAAGAGGAAAACACUACUAGGAACUGGAACAACAUGGGAGGACCAGGAGAGCAGAGUGAGGAAGCAAAAAAUGUUAAAAGCAUUUUAAAUAUUGUCAGAGAAGGACAGAUUUCAUUGUUGCCACACGUAACAGUUGACAGUCUGGAAAAAAUUCAUGAUGAUAAAGGAAAUAAUCUGCUGCACAUUGCGGCCUCACAAGGACACCUUGAGUGCUUACAGCAUUUAACCACCUUAAUGGCAGAAGAUUGCCUGACUGAGCGUAAUAAUGAGAAACUUACUGCUUCUGCGUUAGCAGUAAAGCAAGGGCAGCUUGAAUGCUUGCGUUGGUUGAUGAAUGAGACUGAAGCUAUUGCUGAGUUAAGUCCACUGAAUGGUUACCCUGCACUUAUACAUUAUGCAGCAAGCUACGGACAGGAAAAAACACUCCUGUGGCUUCUACAGUAUAUGCAGGAACAGGGUAUUUCUUUGGAUGAACUUGAUCAGUACGGCAACAGUGCAGCUCAUGUUGCUUCCCAACAUGGUCAUCUAAGUUGUCUUCAGACAUUGGUGGAAUAUGGAGCAAAUGUCACUGUACAGAAUCAGGCUGGAGAGAAGCCUUCUCAGAGUGCCGAACGGCUUGGACAUACCACCUGCUCACGCUACCUGGUAGUUGUCGAAACCUGCAUGUCGCUGGCAUCACAAGUGGUAAAGUUAACAAAACAGCUAAAAGAGCAAACAUCGGAGCGAAUUAGUUUGCAUGACCAACUUCAGCAUUUGUUACAAGCCCAGACGGCACCAGCAGAAGGAUCAGAUUCUCAAUCUCUAAGUUCCUCUUUAUCGCCAGAGACCAGUAAGAAACAAGCUCAGCUAUUGCGGGAUCAAAAGAUGGCUGGUGGGAAUCCAAAUGGGGGAGCAGCAACCUACAGCACUGACAGAAAAUCAAAGACUGCCACGAGAGGCACGCUGAAACAAAAAGGCGAAGAAGCAGACAAAAUUCUUCGACAACUCCUGGGAGAAGAGAUUUCUGGAAAUGUCUCCACGCAAGAAAAACUUUCUUUGGAAUUUCAGGAGGGGCAGGAGGCAAGUGUUGUAACAGGGUCCACAAGGAAGGUCCUGAGAGACAAAAGGGAACUGAAACUGUGCAGACUGAGAUAUUCUCAGAGGUCCUCUAGCGAGUCAGACACUGACUCCCAUUUUAAUGAAGACCAGAAGAAUUCUCCCAUUAAAAAAGUUGACAAGCCACGGCCACAGCCCAUUGUUGAAAAAGAGGAAUGCACUGAAAAAUUGCACUUGAUGAUUAAAAAGCACACUUCAGCAGUAGGCAGAAUGUUUCCUUUUGCCACUAAAAGCUCUGGUUCAUCAGACGAGCAAAGCUGUUCCCCUACUGCUGAAAGCUAUGAUUGUCAGCAUCAGAUAAGAAGUCCUGUCAGGACCCAGUCUACUGAAGAAUCACCUCUGCCUUGUACUGACAGUGCUACACAGAAAACUACAAACAGUCCUAAAAGUGCUCUUAAGUCACCAUCUUCAAAAAGUAGAACUUCCCAGAAUUUAAAGCUAAGAGUGACCUUUGAGGAUCCUGUUGUGGAAAUUGAGCAAACAGUAAUUGAAUUAGAUAACGGGAAGGGCACAAAAAGUGAAGCAAUGUUUCCACAGUCUCCAUAUAGUAUAGAAAUGGGUGAUCAAUGGAACCGAUAUGUUGGACAUUUUCAAUCGCCAGUGGAACCUAUAAACAAUAACCAGAACAACAAUAACUCACAAGCCAUUCAUUUAAUCAUGACAUCUACUCCUAAUUUACCAGUGAAUUCCAUAGGAAGGAAACCUGGAAGUUCAAAAGCAAGUCUUCUAACUCCCACAAAAGUUAAUACCAAGACAGCACGACCACUUUAAUGAUGACUUCAAGAAUCCUAUGCAGAAGAAAUUAUUCAAUAAAAGCAUGAAGGACAGAGAGUUACAAGAAUUCUUCCUGUAAAUUAUAGUAGCUGCAAAACAUUCAGUUCACUUGAGAGAUAGCUACACUGUGAUUCAACCCAAUGUUAUCCACAUUCAGAAAAAUUCUCCAAUGAAACAUUGUUCUCCACAAAAUCUGUAGCAAGAACAAUAGAAAACAACAACAUCAAACUCUGGAUUUGAAGAGGACUGCAAACAAGAGCCAGGUGCUGCUUUGUGGAAUACAAGAGCUGGUUAAUAUCUCCAGUGUCCAUAAUGAGUUGAAAUUGCUUAGCUGGGUGUAAGGUGUACCCAGAUUUGGAAAGCUACUUAAAUGAUUGAAAAGUGCAAAGUAAUAGUGAUUGAAGACAAAACUGGUAUUUCCAACAGUGUUCAGCAGCUUGUAUCAAACGGAAAAGGAGUUUUGUAUUUGUUAUGCUGUUUUAGUGAAAUUGUCUCUUUUAAAAAAAAUCUAGGAUCUCAGAUGUUCUGUGGAACGUAAAAUGCUUAAAUGUUACACUUUUCUGUUGGUGUUACAGAUUUCGCGAUAAACAUUGGGAAGUGCACUUUUUACAAUGAUGAAUAUGUUUUUUUUAAGUAAUCAUAAAUAAAUAUUAUUAUGUGCCCAAGUUUGAAUUGGGUGGAGGAUAAAGAGUUAGUGCAGUUAAUGCACCAUCCACGCUCUCAGUCAUGUGUAUAAAAUGCAACUCAAGCAUGUAUUUCAAUGCCUAAUAUACAUUCAGCCAGAUAUUUUGUUUCUCAGGACAGGACAAGUAAGAAGCAUAAUAUCAAGAAAGACUAUAUGAACUUGUUUUUAAGUUUUUUUUAUUUGUUUGGCUGAUAAUUGUGAACAUACGUUUAUUUUGCAACUCAGCUUUCAAUAUUUUUUUUAAAGAAAAGGUCCUUUUUUUAAAAUGGGAUGUUUCGUUUAGAAAACAACUAAAGAAACUCAGUGGAGGCUAUAAUUCAUUCAAACCAGCAAACCCUGAUUGUGACAGUGAAUACGGAUUCUUUGAAGUGCCCUUCUGAUAUCUUAGUGAGUAGCUGCACCAAACUGGGAAACUUUGAUUGCUGGCCUUGGUUAAAGCUUCAGCUGGAGAGCCACAGGAAUGCUGUAACUGAAAUCAGUGCCCAGUUUAAGGGUGGGAAAAAUCCACCAGGGUUUCCACUAUUGAUCACUCCCCAUGCUCCAGGAGGAAUGUGUAGGUCAGGUUAGAAACAGACUCAGCUGUGAUGCCUCCUUUUGGCAAAUAGUUGGCUAGAUUCUUGGCAAAUGGUUGACUAGAUAGGCGGAAAUCGCAUUAUAAUGCAGUUGGCUGGCUCCAAUAUCUCACCAACUGCAUUACUGCAUAGUGAUGCAUGAAAAAACGGUUUACUUCCAGGUUAUCAGAUUGUCAUUGAUGUCACUUCCAGCACACUAUGCACAGAAAGUGCCUCAAAAUACAGUACAACAAAGACAUUUACAAUAUAUAUAGUUCCUUUCUCAUCAGGAGACCAUCCCAUGAAGACAAGAUGAUUUCAACAACAACAAAAUUACAUUUAUAGAGCGUCUUUCAC